GCCUCGUCGCUGAGCGUUCCAGUGACCGCUCGGCUUUCUCAGCGCAAAGGCAGAUAGUGUGGAGAAGGGGCGCUCUGGGACUGGCAUCACGGGCAUACACACACACACACACACAGACGCUCACCUUACCAUGGUCAGCUCACUGGCCCCUAACCAUGGCAAGCUAGUGGCUGGCAGUACUCCGUGGUAACACACACACAACACAACUCACACUCAUGUGCGGCGUGGGCUUUUCCUCAGAGUUGGCUCAAGCAGAGGCUUCUGCCGUGUGAACAGACAGUGAAAUAAGGAUGUCGAUGACCCUGGAUGAGUUCACCCGAUCCGUGGAUCCCAGAUGUCUGCCGAGGAUCCUCCAGAUCCAGUCAGGCAUCUAUGUCCAAGGAUCUGUGUAUGAGAUGUAUGGAAGAGAAUGUUGCCUUUCAAAUGGUGAUCUUAUCAAGGUCAUUGAGAUCAGGAUCACUAGGUUCAUUGCUAAGGGAUCCAAUGGCAUUAACGUUGACCUUCCCUUGGACUACCCAGGCCUUUUCAGGAUAGUGACAGACACACGGCCAUACUGUGGCAUUCAGGAGAUCGCAGACUCGCUCCGAAUCAGCUCUGACAGACUGGGCCAGCCCGUGUUCUACACGGCCGGCGACCUGGACCACCCAGAUGGAACAAUCAAAAAGGGGACGAUUUUCCGAAUCACGGGCCUCAAGACGGUCCAGGGCCUCGAGUGUGUGGACUGCGAGCUCGUGCAGAGCGAGCCCAAGCGCCGUUUUGAGCUCAAACUCUCGGUGAUAGGUGAAUUCUUCGAGUGUGACGACAGUCAAUUCUACACUCUGAAGGAACUAGCUGAGUGGAAGAUGUCCACUGGGCGGACAAGGACUGUGACCAAAGUGAAGUCGACGCACCUGAAAGAUGAUAUUUUACCAGACCCACUGGAGGACUACAAAGGCGAACUGACUCUCACUCCAGUACAUGAAAUACAGGCUAUAAUGCAAUUUCGAAAGGAUGUGGUCCUCAUCCCACCAAACUUGGACGUGGAGGUUGUGGAUGUAACAGAGGAACAUGACUCAGCAGUUUUCGUGCGACCCUUGACCCUAAAGGAUGUGUUCAAGGAGCCUACUGACACGUUCCCCGUGGUGGCCGAAGUCAUCGAGAAGCCGUGGCACGUUCCAGAGGAGCUGGCGUUCAUCUGCCGCUCCAAGAAGAUCGUGAUCCAACGCGCCUUCGAGGCCAAGCGAGUUCUGGCGUCGGAAACCCGUCGAGGCGAACAGAGGCGCUUCCUGGUGCCCACGUCCUACAAGGGUCGGUUCAAGCGGCGCCCGCGGGAGUUCCCCACCGCGUACGACCUGGAGAUGGCGCAGAGCAGCACCGAGCAGCUCCACGUGGUGGCCACCAGGGCUUUCGAGUCACACUACUCCCAGGGCCAGUACCCCGUGCAGGUCGGGGAUCAGUUCCUGGUCAAGAAGAAACCCGCCAACAACACUGGCGAGGGCUCCGAGAACGGCGAGGACAAGAUGGACGACAUGCUGACCUGCGCGAAGAUCGAGGGUAAGAACCACAAAGACGUGAAGAUCCCGAUGUACCUGGACGGUGGCUUUGUGGAGGUCAUCCAUGACAAGCGACAGUACACCAUCUGCGAUAUCUGUCACGGUUUCCCCCUGCCCUUCAACGUCAAGGUGUCUGUGCGGGACCUCGCCGUGAAGGAGGACAUUUUAGCCGCGGCGUCGGGGCUGCAGGUGGAGGAAGAGAUCACUGACCCCUACCUGCUGGUGUCCACCCUGGACCUGUCGGAGUGCUGGGAGGUGCCGGUGAACCGCACCAAAAUGACUGUCCAGCUGCAGCAGAGGUGGCAGGGCCCCGCCACGGGUGCCGAGCAGCCCACUGGGCACGCGGUCGUGGAGGAGAUCGGAGAGGACUGCUAUUAUACCCUCCGCAGGUAUGCCGUGGCCAACCUGCAACCCCCGCCACGACCACCCAAGAAGAAGCCGGCCGUGGCCAACUCGAUGAGAGUGAAGCCACCCAGACCGAAUAAGCCUGUCCAUGUCAGCUCCCCAAAGAGUCCGCAUUGCAACUUCCCCAGACCAGGGUCUAUGGCAUCUGACACGUUUCCAAGGCUGAAGAGGAAUACCAUUGCAGUAAGCAGUGACAGGAGGUCAUCCAUACCUCCAGUCCUUCAGCCUAUUACAGUUGCCACCUUGAAAAGUAAGGAUAUCCCUCAAGAGCCAGAAGUGGAUGACUUGGAUGAUGACUCCCAUGAAUACGAAUACAUUGACGAGGAUGAACUUGAGUUCAUUAGGAAAAAGGUCCAAGAGACGGCGGUUCUACGCAGCACAGGCAAAGGAAAGCCAAACACCUUUUAACUAACUGUAGAAUUUGAGAUGGAGCAUGAAUGUACCAAACAGAUCAAAGUCUAUGCAAUAAUUUAUCAUAUUUUUCUGCAUAUAAUACAUGUAAUAAAUUGUGAUA